CGGCGGGGCGGCGCGGGCCCGGUCGUCGCGUACAGAGCGUCCCAGCUUCUAGCGCGGGAGCGGGUUUGUGAAGCGGGCCGCGCGAGCCCCAGGCAUGGGCUUGCCGCCGCCGACCCCUCUGCUCUUGGGGCUUCUCCUUCUGCUGGACGUCCUGAGGCCGCUGUGGGGGGACCUGGUUUUCAUCCCUGCUUUCAUCCGUAUGACCGGCCCUGCGGUCAGCGCUUCCCUGGUCGGAGGCACCGAGGAUGUGACCGUGUCCCUGGCCUUGCUGCAGGACAAGGAGGGCUUAUUGCCAACUCCAGCUUGUGGAGCGCUGACCAAUGAGACCGGAGACUGGAGCUUGACUGUGACCCCCAGUGUGGUAAGGCCAGAGAGCGCGUUGGAUGUGACAGUGAGGCUGAAGAGGGGUCUGCAGGGGUGUUCCGCUAACGAGACAGAUCCCUUCUCAGAGCCCCCGUGUAUUGUCCAAACUCUUCUGGUUUCGGCUUCUCACAAUUCAUCCUGUUUAGCACAUCUGCUCAUUCGAGUGGAGAUUUACGCCAACUCUUCUUCGGCCCGGAAUGCAUCAGAGAAUGUGACUGUUAUUCCCAACCAGGUGUAUCAACCCCUGGGUCCUUGUCCUUGUAAUUUGACCGCUGGGGCCUGUGACGUUCGCUGCUGCUGUGACCAGGAAUGCUCGUCGGAUCUCACAGGACUGUUCAGAGAGGCCUGUUUCACCGGCGUUUUUGGAGGCGAUGUCAACCCUCUGUUUGACCAGCUGUGCUCCGCGCAGGGGGCGCCGGAGGCCCCUGGCUGGUUCCCGUUCCUGUGUGUGCAGUCGCCGCUGGCCAACUCGCCCUUCCUGGGCUACUUCUACCACGGCUCCGUGUGCGUGUUGGGGCCCCCACGGGCCCCCCAGGUCCUCAACAUGAGUUCCUCUAGGCCACAGGCUUCCGCCGAAGUGUAUCUGCAUACUGAUCUGAGAGACUUCUCAGACUUCGGUUACAAACAAGGAGAUCCAAUCAUGACUGUGGACAAGGCAUAUUUUACCAUUCCGCAGGUGUCCCUGGCUGGGCAGUGCCUACAGAACGCACCGGUGGCUUUCCUUCAGAAUUUCGAUGUGCAGUGCGCCACUAGUUUGGAAGUAUCCCAGGAACAAGAUGGAAUUAUCAAUGCGAAGAUCAAGAAUGGCGUGCUGGGAGGCGUCGUUACACCAAGAGUAACCUAUGAGGAAGCAACCGACCCAGACAAGUUCAUCACCAGGACAGAAACACUUUUAAGUAAUGGAUCGGCCCCCAGAAAUGUGAAUGUGGAAGAACAUUAUAUUUUCAGAUGGAAUAAUAAUACAAUCAGUGAUAUAAGUGUCAAAAUUAUUAGGGUAGCAAUUAAUGCUCACCAGAAAGGGAUCAUGACACAGAGAUUUACAGUAAAAUUUUUAAGCUAUAAUAGUGGUGAUGAAAAGGAAUUUUCUGGAAAUCCAGGUUACCAACUUGGCAAGCCUGUUCGAGCUCUAAAUGCCAACAGGGUGAAUAACGUGACGACUCUGCACCUUUGGCAAUCGGCUGGAAGGGGUUUGUGUACAUCAGCAACUUUCAAACCCAUUUUAUUUGGAGAAAAUGCACUAUCUGGAUGUCUUUUAGAAGUUGGGACCAGUGAAAACUGUACUCAGCUCAGGGAGAAUGCUGUUGAACUACUUGAUUCAUUAAUACAAGCAACUCAUGUUGCAAUGAGAGGCAACUCCAAUUACAACGAUCCUAGCGAUGGCUGGGUCGAAAUAAUACGCGCAGAUGCCCCCGACACAGACACAGGGGCAGACCCAUCGGUUAGUGUGAAUGGCAUCUGCACGGAUAUUCCUGCCCGGCUCAACGUCCGCAUCCUCAGCUCAGAUGCUGGUGCAGUGGAAGGGAUUACUCAGCAGGAGAUACUUGGCAUAGAGACAAGGCUCUCCUUAGUGAACUGGCAGUUCCAGUGUGGGCUUACUUGUGAAGAUAAGGCCGACCUUUUCCCUGUCAGUGCGUCCGUCCAGUUUAUUAAGAUACCUGCACAGUUACCCCGUCCACCAACAAGAUUCCAGAUCAAUUUUACAGAGUAUGACUGUAACAGAAAUGAAGUGUGUUGGCCACAACUUCUAUAUCCUGUGACCCGGUAUUAUCAAGGGGAGCCUUAUUCUCAGUGCAUGGCCAAGGGCUUACUAUUGGUAUCGUUUUUCAUGUUAGCUGUGUUCCUCAGUAGCCCCUGGGCCAGAACAUGCCAAGUGUGAAAUUUCAACUACCAUCUGACUUCUUGCAGACCACAGACUUCAGUGAUUUGUUGUACUUCUGUGUACCUCUCUGUAAAAUUAUAAUAAAUGCGGUGCUUUAUUUUUGUAGCAAAUUUUUCUUAAGUGCACUGCGAAUUUAAUCCACACAUGUAACUAUCCAGAUGUGCAGAGCAAUGCAGGAGAGGCGUGCAUUCUCACCGCUGGACCAGGCUGAGCAAAAUGCAUGAGAGGGUCAGCUGGGUAAAUAAAUAGUAAAAGGUUUAGUGUAUCACAGGUUUCUAAAGUCAGAGGAAUUUUGGUCCAAAUAGAUUAGUCUUACCUUAGAAAGUUAGUAUUUUCUCUAAAUUUUUAUUUCUGUUGAAUUGAUUAAUUUCCUCUAUUCUAAAGAAAGAAUUAAAAAUCCAUAAAGCCUUAAGAUGUAUAUAUUAUAAAAUCUAUUAUUUUGUGUAAAGACACAAAAUAAAUUGAUGAGGGAGGGGCUGAGGGAAGGAAAGUAAUAUUGAGAGGAGAGUAAAACAAAAUCAGGAGUAAAGGUAAACCUGUGAAAAUACACACCAAAGACCUUGCAUAUAGCUAAGGUAGACCCCUUAUUUAGUCUUUAGUUUACAAAAAACCAAGUAUGAUUAGCUACAGGAAUCAUAAGUGCAUGGAUUUAAAAUAAGCUGGUUUUCAAUGAAGGACAGUUUUUCCUAGUUGAGCCUUGACAGAAAUUCCUCCUGUGGCUCCUUCCAGGGGGACAAAUGGCAUGAAGCAGGGGUCACUGGGGGAAAUGGAUGUCUUCAACCACAGCCCUAUCGUGGCCACACAGCAAAUCUCAGGAGUUUUCUUUGUGGGCCAGAUAAAUGUAGUCAUGUUUCGUACGGACUUUGUAUACUGUCCGUAAACCUAAUUUUGAAAAGUGAUCGUCUUCCCUUUCACACGCUGAUCGAAUUCCUCGUGCCUCCUGACUUCCCAGACAUGUCGAAUGUGUUGUUGCAUUUUCCAAUAUAAACCUGUGAAUCUAGUUCUAUUUUUUACUAAUUCAUAUUAAACAUGUAACUAAUGACAUAAAAAAGUUUCUCCCCCAACACCACUCACUAUUUAUAUUUCAUUGAGAAAUACUGGAUUCCCUUCUGCUGCUCUUUUUCUUUGAUUUGGAUCUCUGUGGUUGAAGUGAUUACAUCCUAU